AUGUGCCGACUCCUCGGAACAGAUUCGUGUUCAACUGCUUGCUUCCAAAUCCCACCUUUGAAGAAAAUUACACUACCUCGUCUAGAACUGUGUGCUGCAGACAUUGCAGCCAAAUUUCACUCCCGGAUCGUCGAGGCGCUCCAAACACCAAUCGCUGGUUCGUAUUUUUGGUCUGACUCCACCGUAACCCUGCAAUGGCUGCGAGCACCUCCUAACACCUGGAAAACAUUCGUGGCGAACCGAGUAUCGAAGAUACUGAUUUCUAAUUUUGCCUUUUGGAAUCACGUAUCCGGGACAGAAAACCCCGCGGACCUAAUAUCACGCGGCAUGCACGUCGACGACUUUCUGGUCAGCAAAUUGUGGAAGGGAGGCCCCAAUUGGCUGUCAAAUCCAAGAACAAAAUGGCCAGUCUUCAAAUAUACCGAUUAUCCAGAAGACGGGAAGGAACGCAGAAAGCUGAUUACAGCCGUCACAAGGACUCAAGUAAUAUGUAGUAACAUCAAUCCGAUCUUUGCCAGAUUUUCAUCCUACGAACCUUUGCUUCGAUCUACAGCCUACAUCUUUCGAUUCAUCGCCAAUGCUCGCUGUAAAGCGCGCACACAACCGCUCCCCCUUACUGGUCCGAUUCACAGUAUCUCGCUUAAUGUGAAGCACCUGAACAAUGCAGAACAAAAACUGACGCAGCUGGCUCAGGCAGAUGCAUUCGACGAGGAGAUCCAAAAUUUGCAGCAUAACAAGGCCGUCGGAAAGCGUUCUGCAAUCCGUCUACUGACUCCGUUUCUAGACCCUGAGGGAACCAAACGUGUAGGGGGAAGACUUAAACUUUCAGACCAGCCAUUCCUAUUCAAACAUCCCGCCCUAUUGCCCAGCAACCAUCCCCUCACUCGUUUAAUUGCCAAAUCCUACCACCUAUCACUUAUUCACGGUGGCGACCGCCUAACACUUGCGGCUAUACAAGAAAAAUACUGGCCAGUCCACGGUCGACGACUGGUUCGCAGCACCCUUCGCAGCUCUUUCCGUUGCGCCAGAGCAGAACCAGUCUGCUUAAAGCCGGUACACAAGCGAGCUGUUGCAACUAAGGCGUACAUCAGCAUCUUCGUAUGCUUCUGCACCAAGGCAGUGCACAUCGAGUUGGUGAGUGACCUGUCAACGCAAGGAUUCCUGUCGGCACUUCGCCUUUUAAUCGCUCGUCGUGGACUAUCGAGUGACUUGUACUCCGACAACGGAAAGAACUUCGAAGGGGUCGCCAACGAACUGGACGAAGUCUACCGAAUGCUGCAAGAUGAGUCGCAGAUGCUACAAAUUACGUCUGACCGAGCCUGCGAACGAAUCACGCGGCACUUCAGCCCACCUAAGGAUUGUGGGAGGCGGCGGUUAAGGUGA